GAAAAAGGCGCAAAUUCUUCCAAGGGAGAAGAGGAUGAAGCAAGAGCUUCUAGUUCUACAGUGGAGGAGCCCCUUGCUUCUUCCAUCUCAUCGCCCCUGCUCACUUCCCAACCCUCGAUGCACCUCUCUACCCUCGACAGUUCUCGAAGCAUCGGCCGGCGAGCUCACGGCGAAGGAACGGAGGCAACUGAGGAAAGAGAGGAGAGAGAGCAAAGCUGGAGAUAGAAAUUGGAGAGAGGAGGUAGAAGAAAGGUUAAUGGUGAAGCCCAAGAAAGAGUACAAGUCGUGGACAGAGAAGCUCAACUUGGAUCUCCUCGCCAAACUGGGCACGCAAUGGUGGGUCAUUAGGGUUUCCAGGAUUAACGGCCAUGAGACGGCGGAGGUGAUAGCUAAAGCUCUAAUUAGAAAUUAUCCUGACUUUGAGUUCAAGGUCUAUUAUCCUGCUGUUAAAGAGCAGAGGAAGCUAAAGAACGGGUCUAUCUCAGUAAAACUAAAGCCUCUUUUUCCAGGUUGUGUCUUCCUAAAUUGUGUCAUGAACAAAGAGAUCCAUGACUUCAUAAGAGAAGUUGAUCGUGUUGGAGGUUUUGUUGGAUCCAAAGUUGGAAACACAAAAAGGCAAAUAAACAAGCCCAAACCAGUUCCAGUCGAUGAGAUGGAGGCAAUAUUUCAGCAAGCAAAAGAGGAACAAGAGAAAUCUGACCAAGCAUUUAAGGAAGAGCAACAUAACAGUAUCAAGUCUAUCAUAGAAUCAGCAAGCAAUCAGAAAUCUGCUAUAGAUGCUAAGCCUAAAAGGAAGUCACGGAGAGGAUCGGAUCCUUCCAAAAAUAGCCAAGUACUUGGAGAGAAUUCUAAAUCUCUCGUCCCAGGGUCAAGUGUUCGUGUUUUAUCGGGUCCUUUUGCGGAGUUUAGUGGCCGCCUCAAGGAGCUAGACCCAAAAAAUGGAAAAGCCUCUGUUGGAUUCAUGUUGUUUGGCAAAGAAAGCAUUGUGGAGAUAGAAGUCGAACAAAUUGUUGCAGAUACUACAUGAAAGCACUCUCGGGUUCACACUUUUUUGCACUGCCGUUUCCAAUUCUGCAAUCUUGGCGCUGCCUACUUCCAUCGGACGUGGGCAGUUGUUGCAAGAGAAAGGGUAAAUAUGCUCGUAAGGGCAGAACUAUUAAUUAAAUGCGAGCGAAAACUCUACGGUUGCGUCUUAUUGCUUGGUUAAUGGCUUAAUGCACACCAGCGUAUCAAGGACUCGAAAACAUAUGGUGCAUCAGUCUAUGCUAAUUCCGUUGUGGACCCCGGUCAGUGUUUAUGAUCCUACAUCGAGGGAAAACCUGCUCACCUGCUUAGGAUAGCUGAUAAGUUGAUUUGUAAUUUUUGUUUUAGUCUGUUUUGGAGAUAGAAUGAAUAUAGCAUCAGGAUUCCGGGUUAAUUGGAUCACUAUUCACUGCAUUUAUCUUCUAAUUGGAUCUUCAUACGUAUGUUUUAAUUGCUUGGAUAACUAGUCACAUAAUUAAAUACUAAUCGAAUCGUUGGUCA